CAGGCACUCCGCCACUCCAGAGAGGUACAUGUCUGAGGAGACGAAGAAAAGACUGUCAUGAAAAGACAGCCAGAGUUACAUCUUUCCAUAAUAUCCACAGCUUCAGUAAAACAUGAAGGUGUCUUCCUUGGUUAAACAUCACCUUUAAAAGGAAACAUGGAUCCCAUAAACUCAACUGAACAAAAUUACACAUCAGAAGAACUAUUUAAAACAGUGACAUCAAAGAUUCUUGUUUCAUUUACUCUUUCUGUGCUGGCAUUAAUGACAACGGCCAUCAAUUCUCUAGUGAUGACUGCAAUAAUUGUGACAAAGAAGCUCCAUCACCCUGCCAACUAUUUAAUCUGUUCCCUUGCAGUGACUGAUUUUCUAGUUGCAAUCCUAGUGAUGCCCUUCAGCAUUGUGUAUAUUGUGAAGGAGACUUGGAUCAUGGGACAAAUAAUGUGUGACGUUUGGCUGAGCGUUGACAUUAUGUGCUGUACCUGCUCUAUUUUGCAUCUCUCUGCUAUUGCUUUGGAUCGGUACCGAGCAAUCACAGAUGCUGUGGAGUAUGCCAGGAAAAGAACACCAAAACAUGCAGGCAUCAUGAUUGCAGUGGUAUGGAUCAUAUCCAUUUUUAUCUCCAUGCCUCCUUUGUUCUGGCGACACCAGACAACCAGCAAGGAUGAUGAAUGCAUCAUCAAACACGACCACAUAGCUUUCACUAUUUACUGCACAUUUGGAGCCUUUUACAUCCCACUAGCAUUGAUUCUGAUCCUUUAUUAUAAAAUCUAUAAAGCAGCAAAGACAUUUCACAGAAGGAGCGUAAGCCGCAUUGUAAGAGAGGAAGUAAAUGGACAAGUCCUCUUGGAACCGAGUGAGAGAAGCACCAAAUUGGCUUUGACGCACUGCACAACAGAUAAAACAUCUGAUCCCUCAGCAGACUUGGAUAAAAUCCAUAUCACAUUGCGAAGCCCUAAGUCAGAGUCCAAGCAAGAGAAAACCUGGAAAAAACAAAGAAUCUCUAGCACAAGAGAACGAAAGGCAGCAACUACCCUGGGCUUGAUUUUGGGUGCAUUUGUGAUCUGCUGGCUGCCAUUUUUUGUAAAAGAAGUUGUUGUUAACACCUGUGCAAGAUGUCACAUGUCAGAAGAAAUGUCCAAUUUCCUCACAUGGCUGGGAUACAUCAAUUCUCUUAUUAACCCACUAAUCUAUACAAUCUUUAAUGAAGACUUCAAGAAAGCAUUUCAGAAGCUUGUGCAAUGCAAGCAAUGACAGGGUAUUUGUUCUUAUAAUACUGAACCUGAAAAGUGAUUUUUUUUAAAAUAUAUAUAAUUUAUAAGACUUCUAAAAAGAGACAUUUGUUGCAUUUAGGAAAGAUAUACACAUACCCUUGUAUUAGUUGCACCUUGCUGUGCAAAUUGUAAAGAGACAGAUUCUCUGUGGUCAGUGUUGUGCUAGAAAAGGAGAGGUUCCAUACACAGUUUGGCCCCAAUCCUGUAUAGAGACUUAUGCAGCUGCUUAGCUUUAAGCACACAAGUAGUCUUAGUAACACUUAUAUGCUUAAAAUUGAGCUCCUUCAUAAGUUUUUGCAGGAUCAGGGCCUAAAACGUCACUCGCCGAUCAUACUACAAGGCUAAAUGCUGCCUUGCUUUGCUUAGGCAAAACUUACCACUAUCAAUGGAUGUUUCAAUCACUAAAACACAGCCAGGAUUUGAUCCAUAAAGCAUUUGUGAACAGGCAGCAGAUAUCUUUUCAUUAAGGGCUCAAAUCAUACCAUUUAGGCACAGGCCUGCAAUGGGGAAGUGCGGAGCCACCCUAUCCCACUCUAGGCAGGAGGCACGCUUAGGAUGUGCAGCAUACUACCAGAGUCUGCUGGGGUGCAGCUAUCGCCCUGCCUCUUCUACUCCAUUUGGGAUGAAGUGUACCUCUGGGGCACACAUUGAGGGACUGUGCAGCACAGCAGGCUCUCCAACAGUGGCAGAGCCUGGGGAAAGUAGUCCAUUGAGAACAAGCGUUGUGUGUCCUCUGUGGUCUCUCACACCCACACAGAGGAUGGUUGCAAUCUUGACCUAGAUGAGAUGAAUAAACAGCCAGAGCUCCUAGGAGGAGGUGAGUACAGUUCAUUGUUUAAAUGGUGACAAGUAGCAGCUGCUGAAGAUUCUCUAAAGUGUCAGAUUCCAGCUGGCCAAGGUUGGGGGGGGGGUGCAAGUGAUGGGGAAGGUGUAAAAUGCCUCCCUGCUUGUGCCUCCUUCCCCAGUGACCUCAUAUGACAGGCACAAGCACAGUUCUUAUACUCCCCUGCUGACAAGGGCUGCUCCCUGCUACCACCUCUUAGGGCCCCAGCCAUCUCAAAGUGGGUGGGGCUACAGCCCUAGACCAGGAAUGCUGAAACAAUUUGUAUAGCGGAGGUGUUGAGAGCCACUGAACCCAAUUGUCAGCCCUGCAUA